AUGUCCGCCGAUCCGUUCAGCUAUGCCAAAAUGACAUCCCCCUCAUCGAUUAGUACACUCUUGAGUGCGAUGGAUAACAUCACGACCACAGUAGCCCCCAAAGCCUCAGACGAGAAUUCACCGUCGGCUACAGUACAUCAAAUGCGACUCCUACUUACAGUAACCCAUUUACUGUUAGUGUCGUUGGGAACCAUUAACUUGGUGGUUGUGUUCGUCAUCGCAGUAAAACCGUACAUGAGGUCGAUUACCAAUGUCUACAUGGUAUCUUUAUGUUUGGCCGACUUUAUGUAUCUGGCCAACUUGGUAUUAGUAGCGGCUACUCAGUUGAACAAUAAGAGUUGGCCAUUUGGGCAGUUACUAUGCACGUUUUACCAUGGUACAGAGACGACCGGUAUGUUGACGUAGUAUAUAUUGAGGUGUAUUGAGGAGAGUAGGUAGUGAAAUGGCUUGAAAAUAUGGAUUACUAUGUUUUAGGCUAUAAGGAACAUUUUUGUAGUUCAAGAUUUUCUGAUAGGGUUACUGUAAAAUACAGUAUUUUAACUUUGUCUUCUAAAAACAGGCUUUGUAACACCAAUUUUAAACAUUUUAAACCUAACUUCAAAACAAAAAAUUACGUAAUAAUGCCAUUCCUUAUUUCAGGUAAAUACGCCUCAGUAAUGUUCGUAGUACUACUCGCGGCCGACCGUUACUGUGCCAUGUGCCGGCCAUCAAUUUGUGCACGAUAUCGCAACUACAAGGUAGCCUUGGCCCUGACGUGCCUAGCAUGGACUUUGGCCGUCGCCGCGUCAUUCCCUCUGUUCGCCAUCGCUGAAGUUGUUAUGCUGAGAUUCAGAAGCGUGGAAAACGUGCAUAAAUUAUGCAUCGCCAAGUGGCCGAAUUCAGAUGCGGCCAGAUGGUAAGUUAAUUGAUACAUGAGAGGGCUUCCAAGUAGAAUAUGAGGAAUGGUCCAAGUAGAAUUAAGAGAUUGUUGAUUAAGUCUUGGCAGUUUAGAGACGUCUAGACAAAAGUCUGGAGUGAUAUGAUGUUAGGUUAUGCUAAAAAAUACUUAUGAAUAAAGUGUUUACAACAAAAUAUUUGGCAAAGAAAGAUCUCUAAAAGAAUAAAAAAAAUAUUGUUUACAAUGGUUAGUCAGAAAGAUGAGUUACAGCCUUCCGGACGACUUUAAUGCUAGUAAAUACGAUUAUGAAAACUUUACAAUAAAAAAGGUUUCUAUGUACUUACUACUUUAAGCCGAUUAAUGGCCUCAUUAAGAAAACUUAUACCUAAGAACCACUUUUUACUUUACCGUACUACAGUAGAAGCCAGUUUUCUGUCAUGAUUUUUCAUUUGAAUUCUAUCCUCCUACUCCUCGGAGGGAAUUUAGGCUUAAAAAAGUACAAAACCCUAAAUAAAACCCAAAAUUUUUUGCUUUAUACCUAAAUUUUUUAAUAACCCUUGUAGUUACAGUAAUCUGCGCUUUACAAACUGAAGUCUAUAACACAAAAAAAUCACUAAACUAACCUUUAACUGUGCCAAACUUCAAGCUUCUAUCUUCCAAAACGACAAACUUACCAAUCAUUUCGUUCCAGGUACAUCACCUUCUCCUCCAUCCUGAUAUUCGCCAUCCCAUUAGGCCUGAUCAUCUUCUUCUACUACCACAUCCUCAACAAACUACGAGCUGCAGUCAAGAGCAACAAAAGAAUGCGACGAUCCUCUAGCUCACGAGCUCCAUAUCAUCGUGUCACUCGACUCGUACUGUGGGUGGUCAUCUUCCACGUCAUGUGCUGGUCUCCGUUCUGGACCUUCAACUUGUUCAGCUCGAUCUUAAGGCUGCGGAUCUCUACGCAGUUCGAUCGGAUCGUUGUCAAUGUUAUCCAUCUUUUUCCUUACAUGAAUUGUGCCUUGAAUCCGCUGGUCUACGCUGUGAAUGCGGAGAACUUUAGGAGAGCGUUCCGAUCGUUAUUCUGCUGUGCUCAGACUUCGAAUACGACAAUUGUUAAGGACGAGGCACAGUUCGGGCCGGCUACAACGGCUAGACAAACGUGAGUACAAUAUCUUGAUAGAUUCGGCCUGAAAAUUAGUUUUCUUUGGUCAAAAAGUAUAGAGAACUAGAAUUAACGCUAUUUAUUUGCACUUACUGCCUUAUAAUGUUGCUUUGCCAAAAUUGUUGUAAAAUUUUUAAACUGAUGUGUUUUAGCUUGACGAGUGCCUUUAAUAACAGUUCGGAGCGUUUGCUCAGCAUUCAUAGCGGCCAAACUGCUUUAGCUCAACGUUACGGUGCUUCUACCAUGCUUAAUGGCUCUGUCUUCCUACCUCACAGUGAUACCACGCCGCUGCCUACGCCGCCUUCCAAGGUAUGCUUGCUUCAUUGUUGCAUCUUACCUUGUCCUAACUUACUCUCUAUAGUCUUAACCUAAGUUACCCUAACCUACCCUACCAUAUCCUACCCUACCCUGCCCUACCGUACCCUACCCUUACUUAAGAAUUUUUUUCUACCGUACUAUCACAUUUUACUCAAUAUUUCAAAACUUUUGUACCUAAAACUUCAAAAUCCUUACCUUACCUUUCAAAUUUGCAGCCAAAAGAGCCGACUGUUCCCGAGUGUGACGAGCUGCCACCUGAACUUCAGGACUGUACCAAGCACUCAUCCGUGGUCAGAUUCGUCAACGAAACCACCGAAGACCUAGUGUUCCCGAUCGCCGUGAAUCGCCGGGUUUCGUCGGUCAAUUUGAGUGUUUCCAAAGUCGGCGAUUCAACUGCGACAACGAUAACUCACAAUGGGUUGAGUCCUCGGUUAUUGCCACAAACUAGGUCGAAUUUGUCCCUGAAUCGAAAGAUGAGCGGGUCCAGCGAUGAGGUCUUUAUGUAA